GGAUUACUUUCUGAGUCCAUACGGGCUAGAUUAUUAAUGUCCGGGCACGAUGGACUACUUCUCCAAGUUCCUCCGCGCAACGCCCCAAGCUUCGCCAAAGCCCGUUCAAGACCAUGCAGCUGAAUUCAGUGGAUCCUGGAAUGUUAUCAAGACGAUACUCGAGCACCCAGACGAGCGGCAGCUCACUAAGGGCAUCAAGUCCACCGAUGCCCCAGCCCACUUACAAUCCAUGGUCGACGCCCUAGUCAGGGAAUCGACUCAUACCGAAGAAGGCGCGACUGGUGCUUGCUUAGAAUUUCUGCUCAAGAAUGACGUCUUGGGCACACUCGUGCGCCUCGCAGAGCCCGACCGACCCUCUGGAAUCCAGGCCGAGGUGCUCCGUGCAGUGCAGAACAUGGUUAUUCUCAUGGACGAGCAAUUCCUCGUGCACUCCGCUGUACACCGCGCUGUCUUGCGCCUCCUGCGUAACUGUGUCGGAGACGACAUCCAAGAGCAGCUAGACGGUCGGAACAGGGUUAUGGGAGCUGCCAAAAAUGCCGUGCGGAGCCAGCCAUCUGAUUACGAGCUUGAUCUGUUGAAUUUACUGUGUAUUUUGUGCAGCCGUAUACGAACGUACCGCGAACUGUUGAUGAUUUUCUUCCAUGAUAAGCACUGGUACCACUCGGAGCCGCUUUUCUCUGUUGAAGAAGAGGACGAGGACGAAGAUGAGGACGAAGACGAGGAUGAGGAUGAGGGCAAGAACGAAGAUGGGAAGACAGGGGAACGCGCAUCGCCGACACCUUCGCAGGCCACAAUAACGUCUGCUCCUGCAUCUCAGGUUGCUCAUUCCCGCAAGACAGAAUACGAGUUCCUCCUUUUCAACUAUCUACUUCGAUUCGUUCACCGUGAAGGGCAGAUCGGCGACUUUGCACGUGCGGGCUUGCUCUUCCUCAUGGAUGUUGCGAUAUCCCCUGGGGAACCAAUACAUAGAUUAGCAGGGGAUGAAAAGGAAGCCUCUGGAGUAGAGACAGCAGCUGGGGAUCCGAUCACAGAUGCAGCGCUUGCCUUGGCGGAGUAUAUCGUCGAUGGUGAUUUUUCAGACGUUCUUGGGGCAGGUCUGGGCGCAGUAUACUCUUUGCUUCCAUCGAAAUUGGAGAUAAAGUCACCGACUCAGGCUGAUCCCUUGCACGGCAAUGGCAUGGUGCUAGGCUGCACAGGACAUAUUGAAGAUGAGACAGAGCAUGCUGAAUUAGUGGUGGAGAAUAACCGUGUCUCAGGUAUCGAGGACUCUUCCAACCCAGACUUCAAAUCUCGCCUCGAUCACUUCCUCAAGUUGCUAGAAUUUUUGCAGGACAUUUUCCGCAGAAACAUUGUCCAUGAUUCCCCCGAGUCCAGCCUCGAUGCGUCUGCGUUGGUAGGCACUUCCAUUGUGCACUCUAUACUGGAUGCCGUGCGUCGCAGCUUCCUUGAGAACAUCCUCUACCCAUCCAUCCUCGAGUGUUCAGAUCUCGACGGCAGCGCUGUUGCUGUGAUGUCUUAUAUCGAUAUCGUGAUUCGCACGCUCGAGCCAGGUCAGCUUUCUGACCUCUUCGUCGAAUUCCUCAUGAGUGAGGAUAACGAUGACGUCCCCCGCUUACGACCGCACCCUCGCAUGCUCAAUCUCAGCAGUGCUCCACCUCGCGCUGCUGACCGCCCAACAAAACUCCGCCGGCGCAAAAGUAGUGCGAUGGCCCUGCUUGAGAUGGAGGCUCCUGAAUCGCAGAAACAGUCGGAAUACUUCACCUCAAUGGGACGGUUCACGCUGAAAGACUUGCUACUCACGAAUUUGCGCUCGAAGAAUCAGGCGACGGUCGCAUCUGCUCUGCAGUUGUUCCAGUCGAUGCUAAGCCAGCGAUGUCACAUUUCAGCAAGCGGCCUGUUCCUUGUCUUCCAUGAUGCGAAUGCGACGAGCUAUCCUGAGCCUGCCAUGAUUUUCCCGGAUAUCACACAGAUAGUUGAAGAGGAUAGCGAUGAAGAGGAAUUCGUUUAUCCUGGUGCAGAGGAGACAGAACCCUCUGCAAAGCGACAAAUGCCGCCCCUGCCCACAUUCGUCCAGCCAGAUAUAACGUUCUCAACGCACGAACGCGAGAUGGGACUCUACCUCACACUGGUCUCCCGUGUCGACCCCUCACACAAUGAUGAUGCUUUUAGCACUGGCUAUGAUCACUAUCUCCGCGACGCCACGUCGUCCAUCCAGAAUCAUAGCUGUUUCCACAUCCAUGAUGACGAAGUACAUGGACGCACGUUCAAAGUGCAAGCAUCGGCUCAAUUCGAUGCGCACAUUUUUCUCAAAUUCGCCAAAGAUGAACAUAUCGCUCACGGGCGUGCUUGCGGAGCUAGCUCUGGAACGCUACCGGCAAUCAGUCGAAAAUUUCGACCAAUAUCUCCUCGAACGGCGACAGGAUGUAUUGUCGGGCGGCAAAAACGUCGCUGCAAGUCCAUUUGCUCCCAUUAUCAGCGCACCCGGGAUAUUGUCGUUGAACCCUUCGUAGCACCCGUUCCCCAGUCAGGUCCUUGGACAUCAGCCCAGCCGUCGAAGUGGAAUGCGGAUGAAGAUGAUGUCUUCAGUGCUGGUAGCCAGUGGGGCGGGCAUGCGGCUACUCGAUCAGAGGGAGAGGACUUGAAUGGAGGGAAGGCAACGCAAGUUACGUUGUCGCAACUGCUGGACAAUGUUGUUGUCUUGGAGGAGUGCAUCAAGGAGCUGGUGGCUAUUAUUCACGCCCGUCGUAGUUUAGGAAUUGAUCUAGUAAGAUACGUUUGAGAGUCUCACCUAUAAUCUCAUUAUCAUCUGUGGAGGCUGG